CUUUCCAUCUAUGUGCCUUUUUUGCAUGGAAACAGCCACAGCCCAUGGGUCCAUCUAUAGAUUCGCAAAUUCUGUCCACCUCUCUUUCUCUCUCUCUAUCUAUCAAACUCAUAGACACAUCUCUCCCUAUGGGUUUUCUCUGAAAUCCAAGUUCUUACAGUACUAUACCGAUUUUGAUUGACUUCAAUUCAACUCCUCAGGGAGAAGCCUAUUUCUGGGUUACGUGGUAAGAGUGAUCUCUAAUAGUAAUGGGGGUAUCAAGCUCUAAAAUAGAGGAAGAUAAGGCUCUGCAGCUAUGUCGUGAAAGGAAGAAGUUUGUUAGGCAAGCACUUGAUGGCAGGUGUGCACUAGCAGCUGCUCAUCUUACAUAUAUUCAAUCCCUUAAAACUACAGGAACUGCUCUUAGAAAAUUUGUUGAGCCUGAAGCUCCUAUAGAAUCUUCUUUGUAUACUUCUACCAAUGCAACACCAGAACCACUUGCUUUAACUGAGAAGUCCCUUUCCCAGUUCUCUUUCUCUUCUCCAUCUGCCUCCCAACGUGUAGAUGCAACUGAAACCUUUUCUCCAUCUCCAUCUCCUCCAAACCAUAGUCAAUUUCAGGCAAAUCAUGUGAGAUUCAGGGGUACUUUGUCCAAAAAGGUUGAAGAAAAACCUUCUUUACCUGUUAUAGGAACAGUAACCUCAUCGACCACCCUGCAGAAUACCACACCUCAUUCCACUGAAAGACCUGAAACAUCCUCGUUUGAAGGUUCUUCCCUCCCCCAAGAAACUCCAGCAUGGGAUUAUUUUGGUCUCUUUCAUUCAGAUGAUAAUGAGUUCUCUUUUCAAGAUGAGAAGGGGAUGAACCAGGGGUUGGAGAAUGCUGAUGAUAUAAGACAGCGUAGAGAAGAGGAGGGAGUUCCUGAGAUGGAAGAUGAGGAGGAAACGGCAUCUUUUAAUGGGAGGGAAGAAUCUCAGGAUUCAGAUGAUGAAUUUGAUGAUGACCCUCCCACGGAAACGCUGGUCCGAAGGUUUGAAAAUCUUAAUAGGGCACAAAAUCAUGUUGCUGAUAAUGCUUCACCUAGUACGCCUUCUGCUGGAAAUGAAGAUUCAGAUACUGAGUUCUUGAAUGGGGAGAAAGACAACUCCCCUUCUUUGUCACCAGUGAGAACCACAUCUAAGGUUGUUGUGCUUCAUACUGACACAAAUAAAACACCACAGAAAGAAGAUAGUAUUGUGGCUAAGGACUUCUAUUCAAGCAUAAAAGAUGUUGAAUUUCUCUUUAUAAAAGCAUCUGAGUCUGGCAAAGAAGUUCCAAGGAUGCUUGAAGCAAAUAAGUUUCAUUUCCGUCCAAUAUUACCAGGGAAAGAAAGAGGUGAGUCAAUGGUAUCUACAUUCAUGAAGGCCUGUUUCUCUUGUGGAGAGGACCCAAGCCAAGUUCAAGAAGGCCCUGCUCAAGAUUCUAUAAAGUAUUUGACUUGGCAUAGGACAACAUCAUCCCGUUCCUCUUCAUCCAGAAAUCCAUUGGGAGCGAACUCAAAAGACGAUUUAGAUGAGCCCAUUAAUUUCUGCAUGAUCUCGGGCAGUCAUGCCUCAACCUUGGAUAGGCUAUAUGCAUGGGAGAGGAAGCUAUAUGAUGAAGUCAAGGCCAGCGGAAUUGUCAGAAAGGAUUACGACUUGAAGUGUAAAAUUUUAAGACAACUGGAAUCAAAUGGGGAAAGUUACCAAAAAAUUGAUAAAACUCGUGCAGUUGUCAAGGAUCUACAUUCAAGAAUCAGAGUUGCAAUCCACAGAAUUGAAUCUAUAUCAAAGAGGAUUGAGGAUUUAAGGGACACAGAGCUCCAGCCACAACUUGAGGAGUUGAUUGAAGGGUUAAGUAGGAUGUGGGAAGUGAUGUUUGAGUGCCACAAGCGCCAGUUUCGCAUUAUUUCAAUAGCAUUGAACAAUGGCAACACUAAAAUCUCCAUACACUCAGAAUCACAUCGCCAGAUUACUUUCCAUCUUGAAAAUGAACUCAGUUUUCUAUCAUCAAGUUUUACAAAGUGGAUUGGUGCUCAGAAGUCCUAUCUUGAGGCUAUAAAUGGAUGGCUUUACAAAUGUGUCUCAAUUACACAAAAACAUUCGAAAAGAAAAAAGAAGCAACCACCCCCACCCUUGAGCAAGUAUGGCCCUCCAAUAUAUACAACCUGUAUUUUCUGGUUGGACAAGCUUAAAAAUUUGUCUGAAGCCAAGGAACUUGUAGAAUCUAUAAAGAAUUUAGCAGCUGAAACUGCCCGCUUUGUACCACGUCAAGAAAAGAACCAGGGGAAGGAUGUGAAUCAUCGAUUUUUGCCAUCGUGGAAGGCUGAUAAUGAGAGUGAUUCAGCAAAGCCGCUGAAAGAUGAAGCUUCAGAGGACUGGAUUUCAGGUUUUGAUGGUUUUCAAUCAAGCUUGGUGGAAUUUCUGCGGCAUUUGAAUAACUUUGCAGAGUCUUCUGUAAAAAUGUAUGUCGAACUUGAAGAGGCUAUCAAAGCUGCUAAGACUAAUUAUGGUCUUUUAUCUAAGUCACAGAAGAGGGAGGAAUGACGUCACUCUCUCAAGCUCCAAUAAAUGGUGUUUUAAGAUGUCUAUAGAAAACUUGAAGAAUUUCAGAUGUGAAUUCAAUUGGAAAAGGCAUUGUAUAUGGUGAAACGAAUAAAAAGGGGAAUUGGUCUCAACAGAAAAUAAAGGAACUGGUUAAGAAAUCCUAAUUUGGAGAUGUUAUAAAAGAGAUGGUAAUUGUAGGUGAAAGAUGUAAUUACAAGGGCUGGUAGCCACAAAGAGAGGUUUCUUUUUCUUUUUCUCAAUGUAACAGAACUUGUAUAGUUGUUCUAUUGUGAACAUAGGAACACUGGUAAAGUGCCAGCCCCCAUUCUAUCUAAUAAUUAGAUAAUGCAUAGUUGUAUUCA